GACUUGUGCUAUGAAGACGAUCAAAUAGAGUGAUAAAAUGGGUGCUGGAGCCAGUAGUUCUGUAAAAAAUAUUCAGAUCCAGAGUUCAAACCGCAAUAACGAUACAGAAAUAAAGGGAAAGUCCAUAGAAAGGCAAAAGGUUCAAAGACCUUUAUCUCCAUGCACUGAGGACUGUGAUAAAACAAAGAAUGGUGAUGCAGCAGAACAAAAACAGAUGCUGGCAGAUCUUAAGAAACAGUUAGCAGCCACAGAAAGUGAGAAGCUUGACUUACUGGACCGUAUCCACUUACUAGAAGGUCAGAUAGAGUACCUUAACACGCAGCACCAGCUGGCCAGCCAGAAGAGCAAUUGUGAAGAAACGUUACAUGCCAAAGAUCAGUACAUCAGGCAGUUAGAGCAUGAAACAGCUUCUGGUCACGAAGAGCUCACUAAGCUGCGAGUCAAGCAUAAGAAAAAGGUCAGAUUUCUAUCAAUGCGAUUAGCAGAGGCAAAACAAGAAACUUCUAUACAUUUGCUUGAGUUGAAGGAUGUCAUUAAUCGCUUAACAGAAGAGAAUUCAAGUCUUCAUGAAAAGCUGCAUAAAUGUGGAACACAAGGAGCGAAAUCUCAUUUUGCUGAGUCUAACUCCCAGGAGGACGGACGUUCUAAGUUAGUACUGGAACUGUCACAAGAGCUGAAUGAACAAAGUGACAGGAUUGAGGAGUUGGAGAAGAUGCUGUGCGAGCGAGACCAAGCUAUCAAAACUUUGCAAAAAUCAUCCAAGAACAAAGCUGACCACAUUAAUUGUGUCAACCAGAAGGAAAAGGAAGAUGUUGACAUGACAGAACUGAAAUCACUAAUGGCAGAAAUGAAAAUUGUUCAGAGGCAAAACAAAGGGAAAAGACAGAAUGGUACAGGUAAACCUAGUUCUGAGAUGAAGGAUAAAGGUCGAGGAUCGUCUGGUCAGAGCCGAGACUCAGGGCUAGGGUCACCAGGUGAAUCUCACGACCACUCAGAAUACAGGAAAGACAGACCAAUAUCAUCUAGCAGCACAGUCUCAGGCCUGUCUGUUGGUCUGGCUGAUUCAGAUAGUUGUCUGCAGUUGGAACAGGAGAAGGUGUGUAGUGCCCCUGCGAGCCACAUCCAGGGCAAACCCCCACCCUCAAGCAGGAUGAAACCUCUACAUAUGGACAACUGGAACAGUGAUACUGAACCAAAGACCAACUCACUGACAGCCAAGCGGAAGAAAAAGUUUGCUCUGAAACAAAGGAUGGAUAUUGUUGAUGUUGAUGACAAACCAGGGACAAAACUGAACACUUUUAUUGACAGUGACUGUGAUAUGUAAUCUGAUCUCUUACUGGAGAGUUUUCGUCAGGAUCAGGUGUUUAAUGUGUACACCGGUCGCUCACUUGCCUGCCAUGCUCCAGCGAUGGGUAGUAUUCCUUCCUAAAUCCAACAGUUAUGCACCAUACAGUAGGCGAGAGGUACUGAUAUUCCUGGAGAUGGUACAAAUUCUGUAUGGCCUUGGUGGUCAAGUGUAAGAAAGGGACUUAUUGGUUUAUGUAUGCUACCCAGUGUUCUUGAAACCUAAAACCAGCAGUUUUUUUUUCUCCAGAUGAGGCCACGAAACUGACAUUGAUGGUAAAAGUAAUGUAAUCUCAAGUGCUGGACCACACAAAUGGGAUCAAUCAAGUCAAUAUUAUGCAAGUAAUUUAAGAUGCAGUUUUCUAUGUUUUUGGGCUCUUAGAGAAACUGACAUGUUUAAAUAAACCACAGUACCUAUCAGGA